AUGGAACAACAAAUACAUCAAGCUGUGGAGAUAGCACUUAGUGGGACAGCUGAUCCUUCAUUGAAGACUCAAGCUUUUGAUUUUAUUAACCAAAUCAAAUCUACUCCCGAAGGUUAUAAAUCAUGUGUAGAAAUCUUGGUCAAAUCAUCUACUACCACCAUCAAUGAGGGUCUUAAAUUCUUCAUCUACCAAGUCAUUGAUGAGAAUAUCGAGCUACAACUAGCUAUUAAGUCAGAUGAGCAAUUGUACACUUUAAAUCAACAAGUUUUUAAAAUCUUGAAUGAUUAUAUUAAUUCAAACGUACGAGAUCCUACACAUUUAAGAAACAAAUUUGCACAGAUUUUUGGUAAAUUAUUUUGUCGAGUUUAUUUAAAUAUUUAUCCAAAUUUCAUUAAAGAUUUGUUUGUUUUAAUAGAUGGAAACAAUCAACUAGCUGUAGAUUAUUAUACCAGAAUUUUACUUGCCAUUCAUCUGGAAAUUGGCGACAAAUAUAUCACUAGGUCCCAAGAAAUUCAAGAAAGAAACAAUUUAUUAAAAGAUGGUAUCCGUGUUAAUGAUAUGCAACAGUUGGUUAAUAGUUGGAUCAAAAUCUUGUCAGAUCAUUCAAAUUCCGAUGAAAUCUUGGAUAAUACUUUAACUAUCGUUGGUCAAUACGUCAAUUGGAUGGAUAUUAGCUUGUUUAUUUCUCCUGGAUUUAUCAAUUCCAUUUUUGGAUACUUAACCAGAGAACAACAAAGAAACACCACUUGUGAAACUUUGGUUGAUAUCAUUGCGAAAAAAACGCCGCCAUCAAAUAAAUUGGAAUUGAUUGCUAUGUUGAACUUGACCGAUAUCAUUGGUUCUCUUGAUUUAACUGAUGAUAUCGAGUUUCUGGAAUACGUGUGCAAAUUAUUGAACCAAAUUGGUCAAGAAUUGUUAAUUGUAUUGGAAAACGAACCAAAUUUGAUUCAACAAGUCAAUGGACAAUUGUUUAAAUUAUGGCCAUCCAUUUUCACAUUCUUGAGUCAUGACUAUGAUGAUGUUUCUCAACACGUUUUCCCAUUCAUUCAACAAUUCUUGGGAAUUAGUAAGAAGCAUCGUGAUUUGUAUAAUAUGGAAUUGAUGUCAACUUUAUUGAAUAAAAUUAUCUUGAAAAUGAAAUACGACGAAGAUGACGAUGGAGUACUGGAUGAAGAUGCCCAUGCACAAUUUUUGGAAUUCAGAAGUAGAUUGAAGAUUUUCCAUGAUUCUAUUGCUGUAUUGGAACCUGAUUUAUACUUGAAUGCCAUUCCAAUAGUGAUCAAUGAAUCUAUCUUUGAUAACAGCAACCAUACCAAUUGGAGAAAGAUCGAAUUGGGUUUGUAUGAAUUGAACAAUUUUUCUGAUAGCAUUAGAAUGAAUGUUUUCCAAAUUCCUAAAAAAGAAAUUGAUCAAAGUAAACCAUAUAUGAUUUUUCAGGAAUUUUUAAUCAAAUUGAUCAAUGCCGAUUUUAUUUUAAAAAUCAAUCAUCCAGAAAUCCAAUCGGGUUUCUUUGAAUUGGUUGUCAAGCAUUAUAAUUUUUUAUCUAAUAAAGAUGACUUGAUUAUUCGUAUCCUAGAAAUCUUCACCAGCCCAUUGGGUUUGUUUAAUGAAUUUGAGAAAGUUCGAUUGAGAAGUUGGUACUUGUUUUUCAGAUUCAUGAAGUUAACUAAGCCAAAAUUGAACAACGAAGCUUUGAUAGAGUCGAUUGUGGUCAAGUUACAACCUUUGUUGGUGGUUAAAGCCGAGUUGCCAACACGAGACGAAGAUGACGAUGUUGUUGAUAACGGGAACUUUAACAAUCAACAAUAUCUUUUUGAAACUAUGGGUUUGUUAAUCUCAUUAAUUCCUGAAGAAAUGGCGGAGUUGAAACUGAAGUUGAUUGAUUUAAUAUUUCAACCUCUUUUCAGUGAUUUGGAAAAAUGUAUUUCCAUUUCAGAACCACAGCGUGAUGCUCUUGUUGUUUUACAAGCACAUCAUUCAUUAAUGGCCCUUGGUACAGUUGUUAGAGGCUAUGAUUAUGAAAAUGGGUUGAAGUUCUCCGUCGAAGUUGUCGAUAAAAUCAAUAACGCAGCUCAAGUUGUGUUGAUAACAUUAGAAAAUUUCCCGAAACAUGAAAUCAUCAGAGAUGCUGCCAGAUUUGCAUUUGCCAGAUUUAUCCCUAUUUUCAAGAACGGUUCAGUUAUCAGUUCUCAUUUAACUAAAUUGAUCACUGUUAUCUGGUCGGCACCUAAUUUAAAAAUCAGUGAAUUAAGUGACUUUUUAAGUUUCUUGGGACAAAUUGUGCAUAAUUAUCAAAAGGACGAAAAUAUUUAUCAGUUAUUAAACAAUUUUGUAACUCCAUUAUUUCAAAAAGUUUUUGAAACUUUAUCUAAUCCAGUUAUAGAAGAUGAAAGUUUACGACCAGAUAUCCUUAGAGAUAAAAAUACUUUAAAAAAAUCCUUGGUUAAUUUUAUCAGUUCAUUAGUUUUAAAUCAUUGCUCAAGUUUAUUAAUAACAGAAACCAACAGACAAGAGUUACCAGAAGUGAUGAACAAAAUAUUUGAUUAUUCAAUGGAUUUAAGUGAUCCAACAACUAGUAGGGCUGCAGUUACUCAAAUCACCAAUUUUGUAAAUAUUUUUGGUAAUGGUGGAAAAUUAGAGGAUAAUGAGGAUAAAUAUUCAACUGUUUUGCCACCAGUAAUUGGCAUCGAUACAUUUUUGAUGGAUAAAGCUAUUAAUCUAUCAUUUGUUUUACCAUUCAACAAUGCAGAAUUUAACUUAAAUGAUGCUCAAUAUAGAUUGAUUGCCCAAGAAUUGGCAAUUUUAUUGAAGUCAUUUGAAUUGAAGAAUUCUGAUGAAGUGAUUAAGAAUUUGGGUAAUUAUUUGAUCAACAUGGGAAUGUCACAAGAGUUGUGUAAUGAUUUCUGUUCAAAUUUGAAAAUUUUACAAAUGAAGGAUUUUAAAAAAUAUUUUGUUACUUUUGUAUCAAACAUGAAAGGUAAGUAA